AUGGCUUCAAGAACUCUGCAUUCUCACGAACGACGCUACUCACAACUUGAUAAAGAAGCAGCGGCAAUUAUGUUUGGAAUAACAAAGUUCCAUAAUUACUUGAUGGGACGACAUUUUCGGAUUGUGACUGAUCACAAGCCGUUAUUGGGAAUAUUCAACCCCAAGAAACCAAUGACUAGUAUGCUUUCACCCCGUUUGACAAGAAUUGCCAUAGCCUUGACUUCACAUAGCUAUGAAAUAACAUACAGACCUGGGCCGCAGAUCGGAAGUGCUGACAGUUUGAGUAGAUGGCCUCAACCGGUACCAGAUCAACUUGAAGAACCACUCUACGAAAUUUUACUGAUGGCUGAAAAACCUGAGGAUUUCCCUUAUGAUGUGUCACACAUAGCUUCCGAGACGAAAGGCGACCGCAUCCUAUCUAGAGUCAUGCAUUACAUCCAAUGCGGUUGGCCAGCUAAAAUAACCGAUCCUGAGUUAAGGCCUUUCUGGUUACAACGUGCAGAACUUUCAAUACAAAAUGAUUGCAUACUACUGGGCUGCAGAGUUGUAGUGCCGAGGUCCCUUCGUCCAACAAUCCUACGUGUUUUACAUAAAACACAUACUGGAAUUGUUCAAACCAAGACUUUGGCUAGAAGCUACGUUUGGUGGCCACGCCUUAACGAAGACAUCGAAGUGCUAGUGAGCGGAUGCUCAAAAUGCCUGGAACACAGACAUAUGCCACCUAAGACCAGCCAUGAAUGGAUUACACCAACCAGACCGUGGUCGAGAAUCCACGUUGAUUUUGCAGGCCCAUUUUACAAUAAAAACUUUUUGAUAAUGGUUGAUUCAUACUCUCGUUGGCCCGAAGUGUUUGUAGUAAAUAACAUAACCUCCGCUACAGUGAUAAAAUUUUUAAGAAACACUUUUGCCAUACACGGAUUGUGCGACGUACUAGUGUCGGAUAAUGGUACAUCUUUUGUAUCAGAUGAAUUGAAGAGAUUCCUACAAGCUAAUAACAUCCGGCAUGUCACCACGGCUCCCUAUCACCCGGCCACAAACGGGAUAGCGGAGAGGAUGGUACAGACAGUGAAAGACAAACUAAGAAAGAUGGAUGAUUCAUCAUGGGACAUCAAAAUACCAAACUUGUUGCUAGGCCUGCGGGUUACUCCAUGUACUACAACACACAAAAGUCCUGCAGAACUGCUAAUGGGAAGACGUUUACGAACGUUACUGGAUACUGUACAUCCUGAGAAUAUUCAACAUAAGAGAAUUGAGCAACAAAUUGAAGAAAACAAUCAAAGACAAGGAAGAGAAUCGAAUGUUGGACAAUCAGUGAUGUACAGAAACUACAGCAACCAUGGCCCUAGAUGGUUACGGGGCACAGUUACUUAUAAGAACGGACCCUCCAGCUACCAAAUAGAGACGAAUGGUGGCGGAGUAGUAAAUCGUCAUANUUUAAUAGUUGAUCAAAUAAUCAAAACAACAGCAGCAGAGGAGAUAACUACCAGAGUAACAAAUGAUACAGAUGCAGUCGUAGAAGGAACGCCGGAAUUGAUUACUGACGAUAUCAUAGAGAUACCAGAUGCAGACAAGUGGGCUGACAUCUUGGGCAUUCCAAGCCAAGCUACUACAACACCGGCUCUGGGAAAGAUAAAAAAUAAACCAAAUUUGCAUUCUAGAAGCCCCUAUGACAGACCUGAUGCCUCCGCAUCAGCAGAUGAUAACCUUUACAUAAAUUUCCUAACUUAA